GUACGUUUUGCUUUACAAGUAAGGCUUGAAACAUGUCUGAAACAGCUCCUGCUGCUCCCGCUGCUCCCGCACCUGUGGAGAAGACACCUGUUAAGAAGAAGGCCAAGAAGACCAGCUCCGCAGCUGGGAAGCGCAAGGCGUCUGGGCCCCCGGUGUCCGAGCUCAUCACCAAGGCUGUGGCUGCUUCCAAGGAGCGCAGCGGCGUGUCCCUAGCUGCGCUUAAGAAGGCGCUGGCAGCCGCCGGCUACGACGUGGAGAAGAACAACAGCCGCAUCAAGCUCGGCCUGAAGAGCCUGGUGAGCAAGGGCAUUCUGGUGCAGACCAAGGGCACCGGCGCCUCCGGCUCCUUCAAACUCAACAAGAAGGCGUCUUCUGGCGAGGCCAAGCCCAAAGCAAAGAAAGUAGGGGCGGCCAAGGCAAAGAAGCCUGCGGGCUCAGCCAAGAAGCCCAAAAAGGCUACCGGUUCCGCCACACCCAGGAAGACCAAGAAGACCCCUAAGAAAGCCAAGAAGCCCGGGGCUACUGCCGGCGCCAAGAAAGUUUCCAAGAGCCCGAAGAAGGUGAAGGCAGCUAAGCCCAAGAAGGCAGCCAAGAGUCCAGCCAAGGCCAAGGCUCCUAAGGCAAAGGCUACUAAGCCUAAGGCUUCUAAGCCGAAGGCCAACAAGGCAAAAAAGGCCGCUCCUCGCAAGAAGUAGAGUGGCGCGUCCUGCUUUGAAAAUCUCAAACGGCUCUUUUCAGAGCCACCUACAGAUCCCAUUCAAAAGAGCUGAGCUUUUUCUG